AUGAACAAAUUAUCAAAACAUCCUUCCGAAAAAACGAAAUUACAACGAUCAUCUCAACAAAUUUUUUUUCGACUUUCAUUUUUUUUACCUUUAAUUAUUGGAUUUUUCAUAUAUCGUUAUAUAAAUUCAGGACCUUUCCUACCGUUAUCUUGCCAACUACUUAAUUUGAGAUGUCCUGUAGCCAAAGAUACAGUUAGAGGUUUUGUGGAUCCUAGGUUUAAACAAGUUAAAGAAAUUUUUGAGAAAAAUCUUGAAAGUGGAGAAGAAGUUGGUGCAGCGGUUACAGUUUAUUAUCAAGAUAAAGUUGUAGUUGAUUUAACCGGAGGGAUUGCUGAUAUUGAGACUGGUAGAAUUUAUGAUAAAGAUACAUUGCAACUUAGUGCAGUCGUGAUUGCACGAUUAGUUGAACAGGGACUCCUCGACUAUUCUGAAAAGGUAACAACUUAUUGGCCAGAAUUUGCACAAGGUAACAAGGAGAAUGUGACUUUACGUGAACUUAUGACGCAUACCGCAGGUGUAGGAUGGAUUGAUGUUAAACAAUUGACUAUUAGUGAUUUAGAGAAUCUUGAUCAUUUAGAAAAGAUUCUUGCAAGUCAACCUCAUAACUUUAAUGGAAAACCAACUAGAUCUUAUCAUGCACUUACACGUGGAUUUGUUUUAAACGCCAUAGUUCGUAGAAUGGAUAUUAAACAUCGUACGAUUGGACAAAUUGUUGCCGAAGAAAUUUUACCAACUUAUGGGAUUGAUUUUCAUUAUAAAACAACUAAAGAACUUUAUUCUCGGGUAGCAAAUAUUUAUACAUAUCCAUUACCUAGAGUUUUAGGAAAAUUGAUAUUACCAAAAUGGAUGAUUUCAAAUCCACUUCACGUUUUGUUUAAUUAUAUGUUCGAUUCUAGUACAGUGACUUUUAAAACUUUGGUGGGCACAUCUCCUGAUCAAUCACAACCAAAAGAUUGGAAUAAAUUUGAAAUGUUGCAAUAUGAAGGACCAAGUUAUAAUGGUGUUACAAAUUCAAGAUCAAUGGCCAAAUUAGCAGCUAUGAUGGCUAAUGGAGGACAACCAUUACCAGGUUCAAAAGAACCACCAUUAUUUAAAAAAUCAACAUUUGAUUUAUUAACAAAAAAAGAUAAGACAGAGUAUGACUUAGCAAUUCAUGAAACCAUAACAAUGGCAUUUGGUGGAGUUGGUAAUUUUAAUAUUGAUGGGUUUGAGUGGGAACUUUGGGGUUGGGGUGGGUCGGGUGGAAGUAUGUUACUUUGGAGUCCUGAACAUAAAGUUGGUUUUGGUUAUUGUAUGAAUGCAUUUCAUACAGCUCUCUUGGGAGAUCAUAGAAGUUUGAAAUUAUUGAAGAGUAUAUCAAAUAUUAUUAAGCAAUUGAAAGCCGCAGAGGGAAAAUAA